GCCAUGUUUGAUACUCCCCACACUUUGGCAUCUCUCGCCGCUACACCCGGUGCCGCCUGACAAAAUUGGAAAAUCCGUGCUAUAUUUCCGGGCAAUUUUGAACUCGAGGACUUUUUGAGCUCAGGCUCGUUUUUGUGCUUCCAUUCCAGGCAACUUUACACGAAAUCAACCAUGUUUUGGGGACUCACCUUAGAGCCAGGCAAGAAAUAUGCCCAGCAAGUAGAAACCUCAUUCCACAUUUCCAUGGCUGCCCUUGACGUCCGAGCGACGACAGCAGAUGACCCAAUUUCAAUCGUCGUCGAGACGGGCAAAAAUGAAUUUGUCAUUUGCAAUUUGAGCAAGAAAAACAUGAUGCAGCAAACACUGGACUUGAACUUCUUAAAAGAUGACAGCAUAGCUUUCACAGUCAAGGGCCAGGGAGUGGUCCAUCUGACUGGCUACAUUUUGCCAGGUGAAGAUGAAUUUGACGAGGAAGACUUUGACGCCAUGGAGGACGAGGAAAGUGACGAAGAGGCGCCCCAGUUGCAACCUGUAAACAAAAAGGAGCUUGUCCGUGAAAAUAAGAGAAAGAAUGGGACGGCUUUAAAGACAGAACCAGCUGCUAAGAAGAGUAAAGUUCCAGUUAUGAAUGGAAAUGACGAUUCAGAAGAGAGUGAUGACGACGAAAUGGAAGAUGAGGAUGUUGAGGAAGAGGAGGAUGAUGAUGACGAUGAUGGUGAUGGUGUGAUUUCUAGAGAGGCUUUGGAGAGCAGCGAGGAAGAGGAGGAGGCAGAAGAAGAAGGCGAGGAGGGAGAGGAGGAGGAAGAUUCUGAUGAAGAGGAAAGUGAAGAAGAAGAAGCUCCAGUUCAAAUUCAAAACAAGAAGCAAAAGACGCCUCAGAAAACUCCCGUCAAGGAUCAGAAGAAGCCCAUCAAUGGUUCUACUCCUAAGGAACAGUCUGCCAAGAAGGAGAACAAACAGACUCCGAAGCAACAGACACCCAAAGUUAAGGAAGAGGCAAAGACCCCUUCAACGCCUGCUGGAACAAAGAAGACAAUUCAAGGCGGAGUGAUCAUCGAGGACUUGGUUGUGGGUGGAGGACCUGCCGCCACCAACGGCAGACAAGCUGCGGUUUACUACGUUGGCCGCAACAAACACAACAACAAGCAGUUUGACGCCACCCAGAGUGGCCCCCCAUUCAAGUUCAGACUGGGCAAGGGAGACGUGAUCAAGGGAUGGGACAUUGGCGUCCAGGGCAUGAAAGUGGGCGGCAAGAGGAGAGUCAUCUGUCCCCCGCACAUGGCGUACGGCAACAAAGGAUCUCCCCCAGUGAUUCCUCCAAACUCAACUCUCGUCUUUGACAUCGAGUUGAAGGCCGUGUCGUAGAAAUUUUGGCGUACCUCAACACAGUUACUAUUGAUAACAUUUAAGUUCAAAAUCAGGACUUCUCAACUAACACAUUUUCAGUGCAUUUGGAACACAUUUCCUUUUUAUCAAGACGUACGCAAUGGACCGUUGCGAGAAAUAUGGUUAUUUUCUGUAACUCGGAUUACAAAAUAAAUGAAAUGAACCUCCAAGGUUGAAUCGAA